AAUAUUGUUAUUCUAUAAAUAAAAAAGUUAUUUACAUAACUUGCCUAACCCUAACAACAACAUUAAUAACAUAUUCAAAUAAUCUCGUAAAAUGAAAUCUAAAAAUAAUAAAAUAUACUCUUUCUGUCAUAUUUUAUGUGAAACUUUUUAUUUUUCGAGAGUCAAACAGUUUAAUUUUGAUCGAACAUUAUGAAAAUUUUAUUUUCUUUAAAAUGAAAUUUAUAUUUGUAAACUACGUAAAGAGUACUAUAAGUCUCAAUAAUCUAUAAAAAAACUUAUGAUUAAAAAUAAACUUAUUUAAAUAUCAAAAUACGAAAAAUAUCACAUAAAAUAAGACGGAGAAAAUGCACGAAUAUUACUCUAUAUAUACAUAGAGGUUGUUUACGUGACCUUCCUAAAGCCAAAAAAGAAGAAAAAACUUCCCUACCUACCCCACACCCCAAAUCUCCUUACGUCAAAAACCCAAAAGGCCAAAAAAAACCCAAAAACAUAGGAACACUUUUUGGUGAAGAUUCAAAAAUCCAUUAAACUAAAAAUAAAAAUGGAUUACACUAAGAACUCCAUUUCUACUAUUGCAAUUAUUUUUCUCCUUUUAAUUGGAUUUAUAUAUAUUUCCACUUUAUCUACUUUUCCCCCUAAAACUUUCUUCUCUUUACAAAUUAACCCAACAAAUUCUCAAACUGGGAUGGAGAAAUAUGAGCUUGAAGAAGCUUUAAAAAGAGCAUCAAUGGCGGAAAAAACAGUAAUUAUUACAGUGAUAAACAAAGCUUACGUGGAGCUGUAUAACGGCGAGUAUCCAUCGAUGUUCGAUCUAUUUUUGGAGGGAUUUUGGGAAGGAGAGAGUACAAGGGUAUUAUUGGAACAUUUACUAGUCGUAGCUGUGGAUCAGACGGCGUAUGAACGGUGUAAGUUCCGGCGACUUCAUUGUUACCGGUUAGUCACCGGUGACGGAGAUUUCGCCGGAGAGAAGAUUUAUAUGUCGGAGGAGUUUAUUAAAAUGAUGUGGAGAAGGACACGGUUUUUGAUGGAGGUGCUUAAACUUGGUUAUAAUUUCAUAUUUACGGACACAGAUAUAAUGUGGCUAAGAAAUCCAUUUUUAUUGCUAAACAAGACCAAAAAUUUGGAUUUACAAAUGAGUACUGAUAGGUUCAAUGGAGACUCUUUCUCCUACUCAAAUUCCAUCAAUACAGGGUUUUACUAUGUGAGGUCCAACAGAAAAACCAUCACAUUAUUCGAAAUAUGGUACGCGAUGAGGAGGAACUCAAAGGGCAUGAAAGAACAAGACGUGUUAGCCAAAAUGUUACGCGAAGGCGUGAAUAAGGAACUCCAUCUUAGAAUGAAAUUCUUGGACACCCUUCGUUUUGGUGGUUUCUGUAGCAAUAAUAAAGACGUCACGUUAGUUAUGACCGUUCACGCUAAUUGUUGCCGGACCAUUGAAGCUAAAGUGGCUGAUUUGAAGAAUGUAUUAGUGGAUUGGAAGAGAUUCAAGGAGGGUCAUGUUGCUGCUGGUAAAAAUAGGUUCAAAUGGUCUAAGCAUAUUUCUUGUAACAAUUCAUGGCAUGUACGGAAGCCCACUUUGAGCUAGAGAGGAAUAGAAUCAUAGUCUAGCGGUUCAUUAUUUAGAACAGAAAUAGAUAAAGGUGAACACGUAGAGUAUACUAAGACGUUUUAAGAGUUAUGUUCAAGAAAUUUUAUGAAAAUAAAUCUAACUUACAUUACUAUCUGUUGAA